AUGUAUCUAGUACUACUGGUCGCCACGGUACUCCUAGGAUGCAGCCGCUCAGCCAACGUCAACAAACACAUGAGAAUGCUCUCAGAAUUAGACAAUACCAUCGAAAAUAAUGCUGUACUUCCAACAAAACAAUCCGGAUCUCGAAAGUUCCUAAGCAUAGCGCAACGACCGCUCGCUAACUACACACACUCUAACAACGAGGUGUUAGAACUAACGUGUGACGCGGUGGGGACACCAGCGCCAUCUGUACAUUGGUUUAAAAAUGAUGCGCCGGUUUAUGAGUAUGAUGUAGAAUCAAACGAGUUGAUAGACAGCAAUCCGUCGUCGCUGGCGAGGAUUAUAUCAACGCUGCUGGUCACCAAGACGGUUGGACGGGAUGUCUACACAUGCGUGGUGACCGCCGGAGCCAAGACUGCGAGGGCUACGACCAUCGUUUAUAGCAAAGAUGGCAGCACUCAGUUAUCAGAACGAGCGAAAUUAUACCCGUUAGAGCCGCGCAUUGUGGUUACCUAUGAAAUGUACGUGGACAACAUCGGCAACAACAUUGUGCUUCCGUGUAGAGCGAAGGGUCACCCCAGGCCCCGUGUAGUGUGGGUGGACAAUAAAGGCGAUAACGUCAAAAAAGAUCCUAGGAUGAAGGUGCUCCGUUCUGGUGAACUAGUGAUCUUAUCACUUCGCUGGAGUGAUAUGGGAGAAUUCACUUGCUACGCAUCAAAUGUUUUUGGAUCACAACACGCUAAAACGUUCGUUUAUCCUGCUAGAGCUGAAUAA